AUGGCCAACACACGACAAAGCCGUCGACAGCAGCAGCUCUCCCCGGAGCAGCGUGAAUGCGAGGAGAUCCAUCAGCGCGAAUGUACAGGACGUCCGAACAACCUUAACGAGGAACACCAGACUAAUCAGUCGGUACUUCAACGUACAUUGAUGGCACAACAGAAUCGUACUGAGAGAAUUGCUACACCUAGUGAUGUAGACUUUACGGAACAAGGGUUGGGGACCCCCGAGGCAAUGGGAGCCGCACGUUUGGCAACACAUAACCAUCUGCAGGCUACGGCGACAGUGAGAGAGGGUGUAAACAACACAACGGACAGACGUCAUCGUAAUCGCCCCAGAGGAACGAGACAGAGCCGAGAUCGAGAGAACGACACUCCAGAACAGCUGACGAGACUCCUCCGCCGUCAACAAUCGUUGUUAGAGAAGUAUAACCGACGUCUACAGCGCCUACGACGAUCUACCACACCUCAGACAUCCGACAACUUAGAGUUUCGCAUCCGAGGGGCAGACAGGUCGCGACGGGGAUUAGGUUAUACAUCGUCGGACCAGGAGGGAAGUGAGGCGCCGCAUAACGAAGUAUCGCUACAUGACUUUGUACAAGAACAACACCGGGCUCAGAAGAACCCUCAUGGUAGAGAAGCAUUGGACAACCGUCGCGAUAACAUGGAGACAUCGUUGCACACACGACGACAAGGCUGCCAAUUCAAGCAAGAGGCGCUCAGCGACAUGCUACCGGCACAAUGA